AUGGCGCCACCAGCGACGGCGCGACCGCCGGUGGGCGCGGAACCGCCCCAGGAUGCGCUCACCUACGUGCGCGCGGUCAAGUCCAGGUUUCAGGCGACCAAGCCGGAGGUCUACGAGGCCUUCCUGGAGGUCAUGAGGGACUUCAAGAACGCGAGGAGCGACACCCCGGAGGUGGUCCGCAGGGUUAAAGAACUCCUGGGGGGACACCCCGAUCUGCUCGACGGCUUCAACUGCUUCCUUCCAGAGGUGCGCGCGCCCUCCAGUCGCGACGAGGCCGGGAUGAAAAAAACCACGGCGGCUCUCGCCAACCCGCGUGGCGGGUGGUUGCGCGCGGGCGAAUCUUCGGGCGCGCGUGCCCCCGCGCGUCCUCGCGACUCCCGCGGACCCGCCGGUCGCGCCCCGCCGAUGCCGUACAAGUUCAACGCGACGAAGGAUUCGGCCGCCGAGGCUGCGAACAGCGACCAACCCACGAUCGGCGGCGGCUACAACCUGUUGAAGCGCAUCAGGCGGGUCUACGCCCACGACGAGCGUCCGUACCACGCCUUCCUGGCUAUCCUGAUUCGCUUCAGAAACGCUGAGUUCACCACCGAGCAGGGGCCGGGCAGAUGGGGACGGCGAGUCAGCAUCAGCAAAUCUCGGAUCGGGAAAAAAUCUCCCUCGGUUCUCCGUUCCGUUGUUUUCCCACGUGUUUCCUCCACCUCCUCCGACGGCGCGACUUCCCCACGCUCACUGACGCGCCGCGUUCCAUCCCCAACCCCGACCCACUUCCCCGCGCAGGUGAUCAAGAACGUCGCGACGCUGUUUUACGACCAGCCCGACUUGCUGCACGGCAAGGACGGCCUCGAGUUUUUCGUCCCAAAGACGUGUAAACCCCCGCAGCCGUCGCAGUGGUUCCAGUGGACGGUGAAGACGCACAACCGCUUCGGCAGGGUCUCCUUUCGCGUCGCGGUCCGCAUGCUCCUGCUGUGCGAGAAGCGCUCGCGAUCGCAGCCCCCGGACCUGACCAAGCGCAAGGUGCGGCUGAUCGGGGCGAAGGGCACCGGCGCCGACAGCGACUCGGAAUUUUCCGACAGCGACAGCGAUAGCGAGACGGACUCGGACGACGGCAAGCCGAAGGAUCCCGGCCACGUCGACCCCGAGGCGCUUCCGCCCGUGUGGGACGGCGUGACCGCGCUGGUGAUGUCGGAGUUCGAGAAGAUGACGCUGGAGAUCAAGCCCAUGAGCGACGAUCAGUGCUGGGAGGACGCCAAGGCUCAGAAGGAGGAGAACGCGAGGAACGAGGAGGCGUUGGGCCGGGGGAAGCGAGCCAAGCCGGACCAAACGACGACGACGAGCCCGCCGGAGUCGCCCCCGCCGCCGGACGGGGCGCCGCGGUCGAGGAAAUCCGCGAGGAUCAUCGCCAAGGUGAACAGGGGAGCGAUGUACACCAGCUACAGGCACCUGAGCAGCGGGAGGCACAUGAACUCGGGGGGGAAGCACCACCAUCACCACCACGGGAAGAGCCGGAAGAGCCUCAUCGCCGGGAUGAAGCAGAGCGGCGUGCACCACUCCGUCGCCGCGCUCUCCACGGUGAACCCGACGUUGCCCCCGAUGGAGGACGCGGAGCUCAAGCUGGCGAGGAACCCGAAGGAGAUGUCGCUCAUCGACAGGAGCGGCCUGCACAAGCUGCCGCCCAACUGCAUGGAGAGGAUAAUCUUCUUCCUGGCGCAGGCGGAGGGCAGGGAGGAGCUCACGGCGCAGCGGGAGGCGCUGAUGAAGUCGCUGGGUAAGAACCGGUGA